AGAAAGGUGUGUCCCUCCUUUCAUGUGACAGGUUGCCAGGCAUGUAUAAAAGCCAGCCUGCGGCUGCAACGCAGCCUCAGGGUACCUGCCGACACAGCUCAGCCUCAGGACUCCUGCCACCAUGUGGAUGCUGGUACCCAUUGCGUUCGCUCUCAAGCUGCUGAGCGCCUUCCUGCAGCCCCUGGGCUCUGUGUGGAGCAGCCUGGGGCCCCUGUUCCUCCAGCUCCGGGCAGCAUCUUGGCUGGCAGGGGCCGAGAGGAGCCGGCAGGUCCAGGGCAGGAGGGAAGCAGGGGAGCCUGGCAGGGCAGAGGGAGAGGGAGGCGGCGACCUGCCCACCACCCCCACCAGCGUCAAUUACCACUUCACCCGCCAGUGCAACUACAAGUGCGGCUUCUGCUUCCACACGGCCAAGACGUCCUUCGUGCUGCCGCUGGAGGAGGCCAAGAGAGGUCUGCUGAUGCUGAAAGAAGCAGGUAUGGAGAAGAUCAACUUCUCAGGUGGGGAGCCGUUCCUCCAGGACCGAGGCGAGUACCUGGGCAGCCUGGUGAAGUUCUGUAAGCAGGAGCUGCAGCUGCCCAGUGUCAGCAUCGUCAGCAACGGGAGCCUGAUCCGAGAGAGGUGGUUCCAGAAGUACGGUGAAUAUUUGGACAUUCUUGCCAUCUCCUGUGACAGCUUUGAUGAGCAGGUCAAUGUCCUUAUCGGCCGUGGUCAAGGAAAGAAGAACCACGUGGAAAAUCUCCAGAAACUGAGGACAUGGUGUAAGGAAUACAGAGUGGCCUUCAAGAUAAACUCAGUCAUCAAUCGAUUCAACGUGGACGAGGAUAUGAAGGAACAGAUAAACGCACUGAACCCCGUCCGCUGGAAGGUCUUCCAGUGUCUCAUAAUUGAGGGUGAGAAUUCUGGAGAAGAUGCACUGAGAGAAGCGGAACGGUUCGUGAUCAGCGAUGAGGAGUUUGAAGUGUUCUUAGAUCGCCACAAGGACGUGUCCUGCCUGGUGCCCGAGUCUAACCAGAAGAUGAGAGAUUCCUACCUUAUUCUGGAUGAAUAUAUGCGCUUCCUGAACUGUAGAAAUGGGCGGAAGGAUCCUUCCAAGUCCAUCUUGGAUGUGGGUGUAGAAGAAGCUAUAAAAUUCAGUGGCUUUGAUGAGAAGAUGUUUCUAAAGCGAGGAGGGAAAUACGUAUGGAGCAAGGCAGACCUGAAAUUAGACUGGUGAAGUUGGACUGGUGAAGCUGGAAGCUGGACCACCCUCUGCCCACCUGUGGGGACCACCUUGGGACUCAGUACGUGGCUGCCCCCUUCUGAUGGGCACUUCUCAGGGGCCCCAAAUCCUACUUUCAGUUGCACGUGGAAUCUGGUUGUCUGUGGUAACUGAACACACACAAAUAACUUAGAUCAUUGAAAUCUGUAGCUCAUACAAGACAACUAACCUUAGUUAAUUAGCUUACUUUGCAUUUAAUGUUUGAGUGUGACUCCUGUGUUUCCGUUUUGGAGUUGUUUUCCUAGUCCUUUCAGUUGAUAGUUAUUUUCCCAUCUGGAAAAAUUAGGAAGUCUCUCCACCUGUGGGGAGGCUUUUUACUUCUCAGUCUUUAUAUCAUUGCAACCUUAGACAUUUAAGUAGAAGUUGAGAAAUAGUCCAUACAUAUUUCAAAAAAUAAGAAAUGUUCAUCUUAUCAGGCUUUGAUGAGACCCAGAAAGAGAUAAUCUGUAGCCCACACUGACUAUGCCAGGAAUGUGAGCCAUCUCCCCUUUGUUCUCCAAGAUUCUUAACAAAACUGAGGUAUGCUUUAGGUUUCCUGAUGGAGUUGACAUGGGGUCAGGGCUUGGGUUGCCAUGUGGAUCUUCUGAGCCUGCAGGCAACGACACUGUUGAUUUGCUUGGUUGUCUGCACAUCACUGGAAAGUGACCGUUCCCCGGGUUGGCAUGAUCCCGUUGGCAAAGGCACCAGGUGACCGUGGAGCAGGGGAUGGAGACUGGACCUGGCUUUCCGAUGAAUAAAGCUGCAGCACAAAGCUACUAUUUCCCAUUUAGCUCUGAACCACUUGAAAUAAGAAUGUGAUCUAGGGCAACGUGAGAAAGUUCCAGAACCUUCUCUUGGUGCUAAGAAAGAGCUCGAGGAAAAAUGUCACUUGAAUUGGGUCAAGAAGCAAAACCCUCUUCUCGUGGAAAUACCACGUGAACUUUAUUCAUGUAACCUAGACACUAUCCCAUUGCCUGGGAAGUAAUAAUUUCCUAUCAUUGCUCUAAAAAGUCAAAAUCAUGGACAAUUUUUUGCUCAAAGAACUCUUUGAUUAAUAAUCCAGCUGCCGUUUUGGCCACUAGAUGGCAUCUAAAUGUUGCCUGAUUCUGUUAAGCCCCCAUGUAGAAAUUCUACUUCAGAAUCUUUUUUUCAAGACUUGCUGAUUUUGAAAGUUUGGUUUAAGUGAUUGUUUCUUCCCUCAAAAAAGAUAUCCCUACUUCAAAUAUUAAGUCACUGUGAUUCAGAUGAAAUAUGAAGUGAUUUUUCUCAAUCUGAGGGAAACUACAUUUCUCUUUCCCCAAAGAAUAUGAAGUAAAACAUUGCACUUGAGAAAAAUGAAAAAAAAAAAAAAAAAAUGUAUAUAAAGAAAAAAACAAUUUAAAAUACAAAAACUGAAAUAAAAAAUUAAAGAAAACAGAAAAAUGAAAAAUAAGCUUUUUAAAUACAUUUUCCAGCUGUUUUUACAGCACCACCCACUUCCUUAUGCACUGACAGAAUUUUCAAAGUCCUAAUGUUUAAAAUAUUCAAGUGUUCAUUUUUCUUUAGCUAGAGAAGUAGCAUUAGAGUAAAUUUCAAGCUUGGAUUAUAUAACAUUUUGCUUUAUAUUUUCAGUUUUUAAGUAUUUAAUGUCCAUUUUGUGAGACAUAUUUCUUUUUAUUAGGAAAAUAAAAUGUAAUUUCAGUGAGGUAUCUCCGUUUAAGUCUUAAAGGCAAGUAUUUUUGUGGUGCUUUCAAUUACUGCUUGGUUAGGCUGUGACAAUAGGAAUGGAAUUUUGUCUUAGGAAACCUGGAAAGACUGGACAUUAAUAACAGCAUGCUGGUGUACAAAGCAUGAACCUAAAACAUCUGAUAUGUCGGCUCCUCUUCUAUGACAAUCUGGAGUUUGGAGUCUAGUUUUUCGAUCAAGAAAGAGAAUCAUGAUAUAAAACAGGUAGACAAUUCUCCAUGAGGUUCUAUCAGAAAGUAAUUCAUUGCACAGGCAGCUCUCUUGUUGAAAGGACUAUUUCAUACCUCAUGAUUAGAUGAAGGCUACCCACACCAUAAGCUUUUAAGAUUUUGUCCUGAGUGUGUUUCGGACAUCUUAGUUUUAGGGAAAUAUAUGUAUAUAUGUUUACUUUUUCUCUGUGUGGGAUGCUCUUGUCUGCUGGUCUGUUGUUUUGUAAGAUGUUGUAAAUAAAGUAAUUUUCGUACACUA